AUGGCGGCCAAGGCAGGGCGCCUCCCUGCAGCGUUGGCGCUGGUGGCGCUGUUGGUGCCGUUGGCGCUUGUGUUGAGGCCGAGUGGUGACACCUUCGUUGGGACAUCCUUGCGGGACGACGACGAAGAGGACGAAGAGGACUUCGAAGAGGAAUACGAUGAUGAGGACGAUGAGGCAAUUUGCGACAUGAAGUUACAUGCCGGUGUGAUUUUGACGUUGCUUCUGCUACAGCGGCAGGACGAGGUUGUGUUGGUCCCUGAGGAAUUGAAAGCGGACUACGCAUUCGACGAGGUUGCGGAGGGGGAUGGUGGGAUGCUGAUCACUGCAGUAAAGGUGGUCAUGGCGAAGGUGAUGGGCACUGGUGUUGGGGAGCCGCCGAAGGCUUGGUACAAACAGCGUCACAUUGACCGGCACAAGGUCAACAUGAAGUUUUUCGACAUAUACAAGAAGCCCGUGGACUUCUUCCCACACCGGCUUCAGGCAGGCGACACUGUGCGCGUGUAUUACUUGGAGGCCAAGCCAGGCUCUGGCGACAAGGAGGUUCGUGGCAUCAAGCUGUCCAAAGACCAACUGCGCGAGACCUACUUCGAUGGCACGAUCCUGAACUUCCGGGGGGAGUACCAUUCGCGCACGAUGACGGUCCGUGCCAUGAUCGGAAAAGGCUUGUCUUCUGUCGGCUACGAGUUCCAGUUUCCCAUGCAUUCGCCACUGAUCACAAGGAUCCAGGUGAUGAGGCGAGGCUUCAUUGGCCGCAACAAGAACGCGUACUUCCUGCGUGGGAUGGUCGGCAAGCGGAACAUUAUCCCAAUCGACAAGGAACGUACCGAGAUGGACAAGAGGUAUUCUGAUCUCCGGCUUGAUGGCCGCGAGGAUGAGAUCCCGGAUCCUGAGUAUCCACAGCAAGAGUGGGACACGUACCCUCUCCCUGUAUGGAAGCAGGACAUGGCGGACUGGAACGAGGAGGAGUACGACCCGAGCAAGGUGGACCAACGAAGCGAUUACGAGACCCGCGUCAUUGCCAAGUAUCGCAUGAGGCCCGAUCGAUGA